GGACCUGCACUUCUUUUUUUAAUUAGAAAACUAUUUUGAUUUGAUUUUGAGUACCUUUUUUAGAGUAUGAUGUGUGUGACUCAGGUGAUUAAGAGGUAAGGAGUUUGGUAGGAGGGGCCAGGUAUCCGGUGUCAGUCAGCGAGGUGUCCGUUACGGUCAGCAGCGUGAAGGAGAGCAGCUCGGGCCUCCUUCCAAAUCCUGCGGCAACCGCGGAGAUGGAACCACGAUUUCACCUUCCUGGGUGGGGAUCUGAGGUGGUUGAUACCAUUUGAACCCUCAAAUGGUGACACACCUGUAGCUGCACAGGACAGGGGGUUACGGGCGCACUCCACCCAGGAAGGACGAGCGCUCCAGGAGCCGGAUUUCUGGCAGCAACACAGCGGAGGGCUGAUUCAAGACCUUGGUCGGUCCGUUCAGAUUGUCCAUUAGUCCGAGUAUAAACUCACCUGGCGGAAUGACUUCCAUACCUGAGAGAUGAACUGAGGCCGACUGUCUGAGGCGGGAAAACAUGGUGGACCAGAAGCUCUGCAGUCUCGUGGGCUGUGGGGAGUUUGGGUAGGGCCCCAAAGUGGACAGCUUUGGAAAAACGGUCAACAGUGGUGAGUAUUGUUGUGUUACUUUGGGAUGGCGGCAGGCCGGUGACGAAAUCCAGGGCUUUAUGGGUCCAUGGACAGCCCCGAAUGGGCAGAGGGCGAAGAAACCUCAAAGGACUGUGAGAGGACUUGCCGCGAGCACACAGUGCAGGCUGAAACAAAUGCUUUAGAGUCGGCAUCCAUGGUGGGCCACCAGAAAUGUCUUUUAUUAGGAGGGAUAGGGUGCGGCCAAUCCCCGGGAGACAGGCGAAUCGGGCAAUGUGUCCCCACUGGAGAACGGAGAACAGUGUUACCUGGGUCGGGUUGAGUCCGCUGUGCCUCCUUAAUCACACCUUCGACCUCCCAGGUAACCGCUGCCACAACACAACAGGGAGGCAAACUGGCGAGAAAGAGCAUUGGGUUUUACAUUUCCCAGCGAGCUUGGCAGGAGUUCAGUCGUUAAGCUCUCUGGAUGUGGGCACGGUUCUUACGUUCGAACGAUAAAGGGAUGUUCUGCCCCUUCGAGCCGGUGCCUCCAUUCCUCCAGGGCGAGCUUGACAGCUAGCAACUCGCGGUUCCCCACAUCGUAGUUGCAUUCAGAAGGAGACAAGCGGACAAACUCCAAUGUCUGAUUGCGUCUACGUCGACCACGAACUGGCACUGGGGAUCGGGCUGGACCAGGACUGGAGCUGCGGCGACGCCUCUCUUCAGUUCCGUAAAAGCCUGUUCGACUUCAGGGGUCCAGUUGAAGGGAAGUGAGUGGUCUUUCUUAGCCACAAAAAAGAAACCUGCACCGGCUGGAGGAGAGGAUGGGCGAAUGAUGCCGGCUGUCCGGGAGUCAGUGCAUUUCUCCAUGGGUCCCCUUUGGGGCUCCGGGGAGCAGAUCAGUACAGUCAUACGGCGAUGUGGAGGUAAUGAAAGUGCUUGUUAUUUACUAAAAGCCGCACCGGGGUCAUGAGACAAUGGUGGACACAUCUAGGUCUUCUGGUACUGAUGGGGUAAGGGUGGGUGGCGAGAGCUUGGCGGAGUGCGUCCGACUCCAUCUGGCGUACUUCUGCGUUGAGUGGGGUGAGCCUGAGUCCGCCGAGUCCAUAAUGUGGCCAGAUCGUUCUGUUACGGUUCACAAAGGCAGACUCAGGUGAUUAACAGGAAAAACAAGAAUGACGGGACGAAACUUCAGAGGAAGGGUUUUGCAGUGCGUGAUGGUGAUGGUGCCUGCGGUUGUCAUUAUCACACUCAUCCUGCAGAAAUACAGCAACCCGUUCUCAGAUUUAUUUCAAGGCUCUGAUGCGUCCAGUCAGAGCUCCAAGACGCUUCCGAAACAGUCAGCUGGACCAUGUAUUACAACCAGAGACUGUCCGGAGGAUCAUUUCAGCUUCUUCAUCCAAAGUGGAGCCGCUAACGUCGUGGCUCCAAAGAUCUGCAUCCAAAACAAACUGGUUCUUGGAACAGUUCUGAACAACGCUGGAUACGGAAUAAACGUUGUUAUACUGAACGGUAAAACGGGAGAAGUCACAAAGACCGGUCACUUUGACAUGUAUAGCGGCGAUGUGAAACCUCUCAUCGAGCUCCUGCAGAGCAUCGAGGAAGGCUCUGCUGUGCUGAUGGCGUCCUAUGAUGAUCCUUCAUCAAAGUUAACUGAAGAAGCAAAGAAGCUGAUUUCUGAACUGGGAAGCUCAGCUGUCCAGUCGCUGGGCUUCAGAGAUAACUGGGUGUUUGUUGGUGGGAAAGGAGCAACAGUGAAGAGCAACUUUGAGAAGUACCUGAAGAACGACAACACAAAGAAUAAAUACGAAAACUGGCCCGAGCUCAUCGAACUACAAGGAUGCAUCCCCAAAUACCUGGAGUGACCUGCCGGCUCAUCCGAAAGGAAUAUUUCAACUUUUAAAACCAACUACAGGAACAGAAACGUGUUUGUAGGACUGAGUUGGGAACAGCUGAUAUUUGUACAAUAAGAAGACGAGUCACUGUGGAAAAAAACCGAUGAACUUUUCCCCAAAAUACUUUUAUUUUUCUUGAUUUUAACCAUUUUUUAUUGGCGUCUGAAGGACGGUGUGCAUCAAGACAAGGAUUUACCCUACGUCGGCCAUAUUGUUUAUCCUUGAAAAAAAAUCCAGCGCAUAUGUUUUUCUGCAAAAACAAACGUUUUGUUCCAAGUUAACUUUAUUUGUGUGAAAAGCUUAUUAUCUCCAGCAGCAGUUAACGUGUAAAAUGAAUAGCAAUCUCAUGUAUUUAUAAUGUAUAAAUAUAUAAAUAAUAAGAAUCUGGAUCCUACAGACACGUUAUUCAUCAUGACCAGUACUAUCAACACAUCUCAGACGGGGUGUGAUUGAAAUUUGAUGAAUAACUUUCACUAAAAGUGAAGGAUUUUUGCUUUUACGUUUCACUGAAGUCAAAGAUUUCCGUUUCAGCAGUUUGAUAAUAAGCCUACAUGAACACGAGUAAAGCUUUAAGGGAAUAUAGCCUGCAGAACAGAUUCUUUUGAUGGUUUCCUACGAUGUUUGUUAUAGUGUCGUAUAGUAUUUUUAUCAUGUGUGUGUGUUGGAGUGUGAACUGUGGAUCUGCUGUGGCGUGUAAACAGCCAGCACGACUUUAGAUUUGAACUGUAAUAGUUCAGUGGUGGAAAGUAACUAACGCAUCAAUAAUUAUAAUCCAGGAAUAUAAUAAUUCUAUAAUGGGCCGUUCUGCAUAACGAGUACUUUUACUUUUGAUACUUUAAGUAUAUUUCGAUGAUGAUACUUUUGUACUUUGACUUGGGUACAAGAUCUGAGUACUGGAGGAGGUGCGAUAUUUACCAGCUGAUGAAUAAAAGCACUCUCUGCUCA